UGCGAAUAUGAACAAGCGUUAGUUGUGUCUUUUUCACAAAAGCGUUAAUCUGCUGUUUGUUCCAAGACGGGAGACAAUGUCAAACUUAAAAGCAGAUCCAACCAUGCCGCUCCAGUAUGUGUACACAAACCAGGACUUUGUAACAGACGUCCGUCGGAGCACUGACAGUAGUUCCGGGAUGGCAUCACCGCCAGCAAAGUUUGACACAACCAUCCAGGCCGGCUGGGCAGACAGGAUGGAGAAGGGGCUUUUUCGAUACCAUCUGGGUAACUUACAAACACGCAUCCUGCCGGGUUCACGUGGCUAUGUGGCCCAGUUGAAUAUUCAAAGAGGAAUAGAGAGAAGAAAGCCUCAGGAGAUACUGAGCAUUCAGCAGGAGUUCAGUGCCAAGCAAUUCAAUUUUAACAAAAUCAAUCCAGAGGAAAUCAUAUUUGAGAUGAUAAAGGACACAGAGAGAGGCACAGCUUUGCAUCACAGUGGGCAGUUGCAACAGCCCUGUAGGAUGGUCGUGUUGGUCAAUGUCAGUCCUUUGGAGUUUGGACACUGUCUCUUUGUUCCAGAUCCAUCAUGUUGUUUACCGCAGGUUCUGACAAGGUUCGCCAUCCAGGUCGGUAUUGAAUCUGUGCUUCUGAGCUCUGACCCUGGCUUUCGUGUGGGUUUCAACAGUUUAGGAGCAUUUGCGUCUGUCAAUCAUUUACACCUACAUGGCUAUUACCUGGACCACGAGCUCAAGAUAGAAUCUAUGCCGGUCAAGCCAUUGCUUCCUGAAAGGGGAUUUUAUCGCUUGUUGGACUUUCCUGCAGGGCUUUUGUUUUACACAGAAUCAGAGGAGUUGGAGAAAGUUGCCAGAGCAAUCUGUGAAGUGACAGACUUUCUUGUGGAUGGUAACAUUGCUCACAACUUGUUCAUGACUAGAGGAUGUCCACCCUGUGAUCACAGACAGAACGAAAAGAAUAUCUGUUCAAGAAAAGGCGUUCGCAUCGCUGUAUGGCCCAGAAUAUCCUGCUUCGGUGCCAAAGAGGAGUCUUCCUUCAAUGUAGCUCUUUGCGAGCUAGCUGGACAUUUACCAUUUAAGAACAAGAAGGACUAUGAGCUCACUACUGAGAAAGAUGUCAUAGAUAUCAUUCAGAGGUAUGUCCUGCCUGAUGAGGAGUUUCACAGGUUGGAACAGCAGCUUACUCGUCAUUUAAUGGGUUUAUAAUUUAAGGAAGCCUAGUUAAAUCUUGUGCUAGAGUUACCAAUCAACUAGAUUGGAUGCUGAUAUAUUCAGUUUUCAGUGUUCCAAGUUUUUGGUCAGAUAGAAAAUGAGAAAAUAUCUUGACCCUGAAUUAUACUUAUGGAUCUCUGCAGAAUCCCCUAUCCUGCACCUAGCCUAAAGAUAGCAUUGGAUGUGCACACAACUACUCUACAGAAUAUGUUUCAAAGUUUCCACUAAACUAUAAAGAUGAUUACAAAUAUUUAGAUUGAUCAGUAUUGUAUUCAUAAAUGAGAGUGUGCUUUAAUUGACCAAUGGAUGUGAUGUAAUGAAACUGGUAUCAAAUUAAA